AUGCCGACCUUGGCCAUGCUUGGAUCCCGCACUACGCGGUGCGCCCGCACCCGCGCCCGCACCUGGCCGGCGCGCCUCAGAAGGGAUUCCCAUCGUCAGUACAGCGGCGCGUCUCAGCUUGGUCUGGCCGGCAUCCUCAACGUCCGCCCCGAGGUUGCCCACGCCGUGGCCACCAACCAGCCCGUCGUGGCUCUCGAGUCGACCAUCUACACUCAUGGCGCCCUGGGCCCCUUGCUGCUCGAGGACACUGUCCGCCAGCACGGUGCUGUGCCUGCCGUCUGCGGCAUCCUCGCCGGCGUGCCAACUGUUGGCCUCACCCCGGCCGAGGUCGACCGCAUGGUCCACGAAGGCGCAAGGAAGGCUUCGAGGAGAGAUAUCGCCUAUGUCGUCGGCAUGGGCCUUGCAGGGCAGCGGAUCCAUGCAGGGACCACAAUUGCCGGAACCAUGAUUCUGGCCAGACUCGCCGGUAUUCAUGUCUUUGGCACUGGUGGUCUCGGCGGCGUUCACCGUGGCGGCCACGACUCGCUAGAUAUCUCGGCCGAUCUUACCGAGCUCGGGAGAACUCGCGUCGCCGUCAUAAGCAGCGGCUGCAAAGGCUUUCUCGACAUCCCUCGCACUCUCGAAUUCCUCGAGACGCAGGGUGUUCUGGCUUCGACGUUUGCAGAUGGACGACAAGGUAAUGUCGACUUCCCGGCUUUCUGGGCUCGUGACAGCGGGACCAAGAGCCCUUUUGUAGUCCAGGACGAGCGGGAUGCUGCCGCCAUAAUCUUUGCCCAGGAGCAGCUCGGCGUCGAGUCUGGGCUUCUUUUCGCCAAUCCGAUCCCGCAGGAGCAUGCCAUCUCCAGGGAGGAUAUGGACGCUGCCAUCGGCACUGCCGUCCGAGAGGCCGAUGAGAAGGGCUUCUCUGGCGCAGCGAAUACCCCGUACAUUCUCAAAAGAAUAAGAGAGUUGACAGAUGGCCGCAGCGCGCCCGCUAAUGUUGCUCUUGUUCAGUCCAACGUGGCCAGAGCGGCAAAGGUUGCCGUGGAGCUCUCAAAGCUUCUCGACGGAAAAUUUGCCCAAGCCGACAAACUCUAUACCAUUCAGAGCGCUCCAGUCCCGGCAGUCAAGAAGGACACGGCUGAAGAAGCCGUGGCAGAGGUGCCCGAGUGCAUACAUGCUACGGCCGACAUUCUCGUUGCGGGGUCGAUAGCCCUCGACCUGAGCUGCGACUUCGCUGGUGGUGUCUCGGCCAGAGGCAGCCAGGCAGUCUCGCCCGCUCUUCAUACCUCGAACCCAGCUUCCAUCAACCAGUCCGUUGGGGGCGUUGGCCAUAAUGUGGCUCUCGCCGCGCACAAGGUCAGCGGGGAUGGAAAAGUCAGGCUCUGCAGCAUGGUGGGCGAUGAUAUAGCCGGUUCGACCAUUCUGUCAGCACUAGAAAUAUCCGGGCUCGACACAUCCUACAUUCGCAAACUCGGCCACGAGUACCCCUUUACAAGAACUGCACAGUAUGUGGCUGUCAACGAUACCAGCAAGAACCUCGUGGUUGCCAUGGCCGAUAUGGCCAUCUUCUCGCGCCACUCGUUCCCCGUGUACUGGAACUCGGCCGUGGCAGCCUCCAAGCCCAAGUGGCUCGUCGUGGACGGCAACUGGGCGGAAGCAGACAUUCAGACCUGGAUCCAGGCCGGCCGUAAGCAUGACGCCCGAAUCGCCUUUGAGCCUGUGUCGACGGCCAAGUCGGAGCGCCUCUUCCCGCCCCUAGCGCGCGAUGGGAGCAGUCCGAUGGGCUUUCCCCCUCACGCUAGCGUCGACCUGGCCACGCCAAACCAGCUCGAGCUCGCCGCCAUGCACGGAGCGGCGUCGCGCGGUGGGUACUUUGAGAGGCCGGGCUGGUUCGAAAUUAUAGACGCCUUCGGCAUGAUGGGAGCCCGAGACCGCUUUGUGAGGCUCACGUCUGUCGAGAUGACGGACGCCGGACUGCCCGUGCAGACAGUUCAGAUGCUGCCUUAUAUCCCAACCAUUGUCACCAAGCUGGGCGAAAGAGGCGCGCUGCUCACCUCGAUCCUCGCCCGCGACGACCCCCGGCUGCGUGACCCUGACUCGGCCCCGUACAUCCUGACCCGUAGCGUGAACGAUCACCCACACGUGGGCGGCGUCUACAUGCGUCUCUUUCCUGCCGUAGAGCGGGUGCAAGACGUGGUCUCUGUCAAUGGCGUCGGCGACACCUUCUUAGGCGUGCUGAUAGCAGGGUUGGCGCAAGGCGGACGUGUUGAGAACCUCAUUAAUGUGGCGCAGAAGGCAGCAAUUCUGUCGCUUAGAAGCCAAGAGGCAGUUAGUGUUGAGCUGGUAGGCCUGGCGAGAGAGCUGGAGGCAGCUGCUGCUGCCAGUUAG